CCCCCCUGGCGGCGCCCCCCUCUCCUGCGGCGCCCUCCAGCGAUGGUCCACAACUCGUUCAGCAUCCUCGCGGUGGCCCUGUGCCUGACGACCUUCUGGGCCAUUUCCUCGCCAGCGACGCCCGAGGCACAGCUGACGCUGCCGAGCCCGGCGGACAUGGAGAAGCUCAUCUGCAAAGCCACGUCGCAGAAGCAGGUCGAGGACAAGGCCGUUGACGAGAUCUGCCAGGUGAUCACGGAGAAGUUCCCCAGUAGCAAGUUCAACCCCGAUUGCAAGACAAACGUCGAGGCCGUCUGGGACGCGGCGGUGGCCAAGUGCCCGCAGGCGCAGCUGACGAUGCCGAGCCCGGCGGACAUGGAGAAGCUCAUAUGCGAGGUCGCGUCGCAGAAGCAGGACGAGAACAAAGCCGUUGACGAGAUCUGCCAGGUGAUCGCGAGGAAGUUCCCCAACAUCAAGUUCAACCUCGACUGCAAGACAGACGUUGAGGCCGUCUGGGACGCGGCGGUGGACAAGUGCCCGCAGGCGCAGCUGACGCAGCCGAGCCCGGCGGACAUGGAGAAACUCAUCUGCGAAGCCGCGUCGCAGAAGCAGGUCGAGGACAAAGCCGUUGACGAGAUCUGCCAGGUGAUCACAGAGAAGCUCCCCAGCAUCAAGUUCAACCCCGAAUGCAAGACAGACGUCGAGCCCGUCUGGGACGCGGCGGUGGCCAAGUGCCCGCAGGCGCAGCUGAUUCUGCCGAGCCCGGCGGACAUGGAGAAACUCAUCUGCGAAGCCGCGUCGCAGAAGCAGGACGAGGACAAGGCCUAUGACGAGAUUUGCCAGGUGAUCACGGAGAAGUUCCCCAACGUCAAGUUCAACCUCGAUUGUAAGACAGACGUCGAGGCCGUCUGGGACGCGGCGGUGGCCAAGUGCCAGCAGGCAGAGGUUGAGGAGGCCGAGGAACGGGCGGCCGUCUCCCGAGGCUGGGAGGUGGAGUUCGACCUGCUGGAAGGCAGCUUCUCCCUGCUGCUCCCGGAAGCCAGGAGCGAGGCCGCUGACCUGCUGCAGCGUCUGCGCAUGGUCGUCGCCAACGGCGCCGUGUCGGCGCUGGAGGUGCUCCUGGCGGAGAGCACGCGGGCGGACGGCUGGCUGAACGCCGAAGAGCUCGCCAGCGGCCUGGCUCGGCUCGAAGUCCCUGGUGCCUCCGUCGCCGCGGCGCAGCAGCUCAUCGACAGCCUGCACGACAGCGUGGCCGCCCACGGUCAGGUCGUCGUGGUCGGCCUGUUCAUCGCGCUGUCGAGUGAGCUCGCGCCCGCUGCGCGCGCCGUCGACGGGGACGGGCCAGAGGUGCUGGGCGCAAGGCUGCGGUGGGCGUGCUGGCGCCGCGGCAAGCCCGAGAGAGACGUGCGCGCGAAGCUGGCCGGCGUGCUCGACGCUCCUGGCGCCGACGCUAGGCUCGCGGCCCGAGAGUUGUGCUCCGAGCUGGGCUUGGACGAAGCCACCGCGGAGGCCCUCGGUGAGAGCUUCGACCGGCUGCGCGCGGACUUUUGCGCGGCACUGCCGCCAUGGCGCUGCCUGCCGAGCCAGGACAGGGCAUCGCUGCUGGCGCGCUUCGUGGAACACCUCGCGACGUACCGCGCAAUACUGGUGCCUCGGCUCUGCGACGAGAUGACGCUCGACGCUUUCCUGGUCGUGGCGUCCGAGCUUGGAGACGCAUGGUCGAGGACUGACCUGACGCAGGUCGCCCUGCUGGCGGAGUGUUCGCCGGGCCCGCCGCCGGGCGAGGCUCCGAUAGUGGAUGGCCUGCGUCUCGCGCGCGCAGUGCAGCCUGGCGGGCUAUCGAGCGAGUUCGAGAUGGAGGCAAAGGCUGUCUCGGCCCAGGCGGCGGCCGCCUGCGAGGAGGCGGCAGGCCAGCCCUCGAGGAAGGCCACGCCGAAGAGGCGCGCGGAACUGGUGCCCGUUGGCGGGGCGCGUUUGGAGACGCGGCCCCAGGCCGCCGCUGCUGCUUCCGCCAGUGCGCCCGCGGAGCCGCCGCCGCCGCAGCCUGUUCCGCCUGCGACGCCAGCCGUGGUGCUGACGAGUCAGGGGGAUGGCCCUGGGAUGUACCGCGUCCUGGAGAAGGAGCUGCCCGUGAACGCUGACGCCUCGCGCACGAGCGCCGCGGUGGCGCAGCUGGCCCCGGGCACAGUGAUGCAGGUGGUCGAGCUGGCGGAGCAGCUCGACGGCGGAAGGAGGCGGGCGCGCAUCGCUCAGCCAGCCGGGUGGGUCACGCUGGCCAACGAGACGUCUGGCUUCCGCUUUGCCGAGCGCUUCGGCGAGCCGCCCCUUCAGCCCGCGCCCGCCGCCGCUUCGCAGGCCCCAGCCGCCCCGCCUGCGCCGCCCGCCGCCACCUCGCAGGCCUUAGCGGCCCCGCCUGCGACGCCAGCCGUGGUGCUGACGAGUCAGGGGGAUGGCCCUGGGAUGUACCGCGUCCUGGAGAAGGAGCUGCCCGUGAACGCUGACGCCUCGCGCACGAGCGCCGCGGUGGCGCAGCUGGCCCCGGGCACAGUGAUGCAGGUGGUCGAGCUGGCGGAGCAGCUCGACGGCGGAAGGAGGCGGGCGCGCAUCGCUCAGCCAGCCGGGUGGGUCACGCUGGCCAACGAGACGUCUGGCUUCCGCUUUGCCGAGCGCUUCGGCGAGCCGCCCCUUCAGCCCGCGCCCGCCGCCGCUUCGCAGGCCCCAGCCGCCCCAGCUGGGGCCCUCGGAGCACUGGCGGGCGUCCCAGGAGCCGCCACGCCGCCUUUGGCACAGGCCCCAGCGGUGUUGGUUGGAGUUUGGGGGGCGCAGGCGGGCGUCCUUGGCGCCGCCGCGCCGCCGCCAGCACAGGCCUCCGCGGCGCCGACCGAGGCCCCUGCUGGAGCAUUGGCGGGGGGCGCCCUGGGCGCCGCCGCGCCGCCGUCGAUGGCGCAGGGCACCGUCAGCGCGGCGACGAGCUUCGCCGCGUCACCGCGGGCAGUCUCGUUCGCGGACGGGGCCGAGGCCGACGUGCUCGAGGAGGACAAGAAGGACGAGGAGGACGACUAUAGCGAGGAAUUCGACGGGGGGGAGCUGUCGGACGAGUCCACCUCGUCGUAGUGCGUAGAUCGGGGGCCUUUCUUUUCUCCUUCCCCUCCCCUCCCCCCUCCUCGUCUUCCUCCUGGUCCUUUCCAUCCUCCACCUGCCAGUUCUGUUCUUCCUGCGUCCCCACUGGUCUCACCGGUCGCGCGGCGGAAGCUUGCUGGGCGACCCGUGCUGGAGCUCGUGCGCGCGCGCGAAAGGGAGGCCCACCUUCUUCCUCUGGUUGGCGCCAGCUGUACGUACCCCGACACCGAUUCUGGCCAGGGCCACUGGCCCAUCCUGAGCGA